AUGUUGGACAGAGCUAUUGCUUUCCUUUUCUUCCACUUUGUCGUGUGUUCUCUUUCUUCUCCUCUCUAUUCAUCAUUCAGAUAUAAUCCAAUAUCCAUUUCUGGCAAAGCAGGGAGCUUUCAACUACAAGAAAUUAGUCCUGUGCAUAGCCACAAUCUUUCGGUAGAAGAACAAGUAGAGAACUUUCUGAGCCCUGUUGAAAAAAGACUCCAGCGUCAUGCAGAUGCCAUAUUCACUGACAGUUACCGGAAGGUCCGAGGAAAGGUAUCAACGCGGAAGUUAUUACAGGGCAUAAUUGGGAAAAGAUUUAAGUAAGUGGAAGAAAGCCUGGGAGAUGAGCAACAUGAAAUCUUGACUAGGCGCCAGUCUGAUAGCAUUAUGGUGGAUAGUCACUAUCACCAACAGAUGGUACUCAGGAAUUUCUUGGGAGCAAUGUUACAGAAUCAAGGUGUUCUGAUCAAAGUGAUGGAACUGUAG